CAUCACCAUUCCUUGAAUCCAAUCGUUCAUUGUGAUUUGAAGCCGAGCAACCUUCUCCUGGACAACGACAUGACUGCUCACAUCGGAGAUUUUGGGCUUGCAAGAUCUUUUUCAGAGCUAAGAUUGCCAAAUGAAAGUAGCUCGGUUGGAGUGAGGGGAACAAUUGGGUACACUGCUCCAGAGUAUGGCAUGGGAAGUGAGGUUACAAUCCAUGGGGAUGUAUAUAGUUAUGGAAUUCUAGUGUUGGAGAUGACGACAGGAAAGAGACCAACAGACAGCCUCUUUGAAGGUGGCCUUAACCUUCAUAACUAUGCCAAAACGGCCUUACCAGAUCAAGUCAUGGAGAUUGCAGAAACAAAACUCCUACACGAAACUCAAGCAGCUACCAUUAACAGUCAGAUUCGUGUUCGGGCAAGGUAUAACAGCCUAAGGGAUUGUCUGAUCUCUAUGAUUGGAAUUGGUGUGGCAUGUUCCGUAGAGUCACCUCAAGACCGUAAGACCGCAAGUGCUAUUCUCACUAAGCUACAUCUGAUAAGGAACAAUCUUCUACGAAACCGAGCACACCACUAGCAUAUCUCUAGGCUCUGGGUCUGAGUGUUAUUCUGUAUAUUCAGUUAUGAAAUAAGUUUUGGGGUUUGUGAAGGGCAAGGAAAGCUGAAAAGUGUGUCGACUCGAAUCAUGUUAUAUAAUGUUUAUAAAUUCUGUUUGCUCAU